AUGGUUGCUACGAAGCUCGAUGGCAAUGCCAUUGCCAAGUCGAUCAGAGAGAAGCUCUGUGCCGAAGUGAAUGAGAAACAGAAGAUUAACCCCAGAUUCAAGCCUUGCCUCAAGAUCAUCCAAGUCGGUGAUCGCUCAGACUCUUCUACUUAUGUUCGCAUGAAGCUCAAGGCUGCCGCUGAGGCUGGCAUUGACAGCCAAUUACUGCACUAUCCUGAAUCUAUCUCCGAGGCAGAGCUCCUUGACCAUAUUCGCCAGCACAACAACGAUCCUGCUGUCCAUGGUAUCUUGGUUCAAUUGCCUCUCCCCAAGCACAUUUCUGAGUAUACCGUUACGUCUUUUGUGGCAGACGAGAAGGAUGUCGACGGCUUCGGCACCAAGAACAUUGGAGAGCUCGCCAAGAGGGGUGGCAAGCCUCUUUUCAUCCCUUGCACACCCAAGGGUUGCAUGAUCCUCCUCAAGGAGUCUGGUAUUGAACUGAAGGGCAAGAAUGCCGUCGUCCUUGGAAGAAGUGACAUUGUCGGCAGCCCCGUUAGUUAUCUCUUGCGAAACGCUGAUGCUACUGUUACCGUUGUGCACUCCAAGACACAAAACAUUGAGCAGCAUGUCCGAAACGCAGAUGUUGUCGUCGCCGCUAUUGGCCAGCCUCUCUUUGUCCCGGGCAGCUGGAUCAAGCCUGGCGCUGUUGUCAUCGAUGUUGGAACCAACUUCCUUCCUGAUGCGACCAAGAAGUCUGGCCACCGACUUGUUGGCGAUGUGGACUACGCCUCUGCAGUCGAGGUUGCCUCCGCCAUCACCCCCGUUCCUGGCGGUGUCGGACCCAUGACUGUUGCCAUGUUGAUGCAGAACGUUGUCGAUGCUACGACUUGGUACUUUGAGUCUCAGAAGCUUCGCAAGACCAUUCCCCUACCCCUGAAGCUGGAGGACCCCGUCCCCUCGGAUAUCGCCGUUUCGCGAGCUCAAACACCCAAGGAUAUCACACGAAUUGCUGCCGAGAUUGGCAUUGCACCCCACGAGCUGGAACCAUACGGCGCAUACAAGGCCAAGGUUGACCUUGGUCUCAUGCAACGACUGGAGCACCGAAGAAACGGUCGUUAUGUCGUUGUCACUGGUAUCACUCCUACUCCUCUUGGCGAGGGUAAGUCCACAACAACUAUGGGCUUGGCUCAGGCUUUGGGAGCUCAUGUCGGACGCAUGACAUUUGCCAAUGUACGACAACCCAGCCAGGGCCCUACCUUUGGUAUCAAGGGAGGUGCUGCCGGAGGAGGCUACAGUCAGGUCAUCCCUAUGGACGAGUUCAACAUGCAUUUGACUGGCGAUAUCCACGCCAUUGGUGCCGCCAACAACCUGCUAGCGGCUGCUAUCGAGACCCGUAUCUUCCACGAGAACACCCAGAAAGACGGUCCCUUGUACAAGCGACUAGUCCCCGUCAAGAAUGGUGCGAGGAAGUUUGCUCCUGUCAUGUUCCGUCGUUUGAAGAAGCUCGGAAUCGACAAGACCAACCCCGACGAGUUGACAGAAGACGAGAUCCACCGAUUCGCCCGACUGGAUAUCGACCCCGAGACCAUCACUUGGAGGCGAGUUCUCGACGUGAAUGACCGUCACCUGCGAGGCAUCACAGUGGGUGCCGCCCCCACUGAGAAGGGACAGACGCGAGAGACCGGAUUCGACAUCACUGUUGCUAGUGAGUGUAUGGCCAUCCUCGCUCUCAGUAACAACCUGGCUGAGAUGCGUGAGCGUCUGGGGUCCAUGGUCGUAGCCACAUCACGAGGUGGUGACCCUGUUACAGCUGACGACCUUGGUGCUGGUGGUGCCCUCACUGCUCUCAUGAAGGAUGCUAUCAAGCCUAACCUCAUGCAGACCCUCGAGGGCACUCCCGUCUUUGUCCAUGCUGGUCCCUUUGCCAACAUUAGCAUCGGACAGAGCUCUAUCCUUGCUGACAAGCUUGCACUGAAGCUUGCCGGUACCGAAGCUGAUGAAGACCAUCAGGAGAAGGCCGGUUUUGUCGUCACUGAGGCUGGCUUUGACUUCACCAUGGGAGGUGAGCGAUUCUUCAACAUCAAGUGCCGUACCUCUGGACUCGUUCCAGACGUCGUUGUCAUCGUUGCCACAGUCCGAGCUCUCAAGGUCCACGGAGGUGCCCCCCCUAUCGCCCCUGGUGCUUCCCUCAGCCCUGUCUACAAGGAAGAGAACGUCGAUAUCCUGCGUGCUGGCUGCGUGAACCUCAAGAAGCAAAUUGCCAAUGCCAAGUCAUUUGGUAUUCCUGUCGUCGUUGCAAUCAACAAGUUUGCGACCGACACAGAUGCUGAAAUUGCUGUCAUCCGCGAGGAGGCUGUCUCGGCUGGCGCUGAGGAUGCCAUCCUGUCUAACCACUGGGCCGAGGGUGGUAAGGGUGCCGUUGAUCUGGCCCACGGUGUCAUUGCGGCAGCUGAGAAGCCCAAGGACCUCAAGUUCACCUACAACCUCGAGGGAACCGUCCAAGAGCGUCUCGAGGCCAUUGGAAAACAGAUGUAUGGUGCCGAGAAGGUCGAGCUCAGCGAGCUUGCUCAGAAAAAGGUUGACACAUACACUCGGCAAGGAUUUGGUCACCUGCCUAUUUGUGUGGCUAAGACACAAUACUCUCUUUCUCACGAUCCCGACCUGAAGGGUGCUCCUACUGGCUUCACGGUUCCCAUUCGCGAUGUCAGACUGGCUGCUGGAGCAGGAUAUUUCUAUGCCCUUGCUGCUGAUAUCCAAACAAUCCCAGGUCUGCCAACAGCACCUGGUUAUCUCAACGUUGAUGUCAACGUGGAGACAGGCGAGAUCGAGGGUCUGUUUUAA